GGGCUAGGCAAAGGCAGAUUUUUCUCCGAACAUACAAGUUGGGAUCCAUGGAUUCUUCACGCGAAUCUGGGGUGCGGAAGCUGAAGAAGUUUGUAGUCAAGGUGAAAACGGUUGUAGUUUCGGUAUUGUCGUUCAUGCGAGCUGAUACUCUGAAAUCUUGCAAUUCUGGAUCGGCCAUUUGUGCAUCCUCUCCUUCAAGAAUUGCAAGAUUUGGUCAAGAUCAUCUGAGGAAUUUAUGAAUGAGUAAAGUUUAACUAAUAAGAGGCAGCGCAAGAAAUGCCAAAUGUUGUUGAUCAAUCUCUCUAAAAAUAGCCAAACUAAUGUAACAUAGUGCAUUGAUCUCGGGUUAUCCGUCUUCAUGUCUUCUUUUGGACAUUAAGGGGUCUAGACAAAAGCAUGAGAGGAAAAACAAGAGCCUUUCUUUCUCUCAGUGCUUUUGGUGGUUCUCCGAAUUUGAUGGAUUUGGCUCCAAGAAGUCUACACUCUGCCUGGUUGAUGCCAUAUCAUCCUCCACAAUGAAUGCACCUCCACCACCGCCUGCCUAUGUCAUGUUGGACGGUCAGGGGAUGAAAAAAGGCAACUACGGCCCGCCUCCUUCUGGUCGCCGAAAUGUACCCCGGUAUAACUCCGACUACUACCCAAAAAAAUCAGGUGGAAGUAGUUGCCUGAGGUGCAUUUGCUGUUGCUAUUGCAUUCUCUUCCUCCUGAUCUUCGUCGUCUCCGUCCUGGCUUUCUAUUUCUACACUGUUUACGAACCUAAGGUGCCUUCCUACAAAGUUCAAAGCCUGGAUGUCAAAUCCUUUGAUCUCCUGCCUGAUUUCAGCCUCAACACUGUGUUUUUGGUAACUGUGGAAGCCGACAACAUGAACAAAGCCAUUGGUUUCACAUAUGGUCAGGGAAGCUCAGUCCUUGUGGAAUACACAGAUUCUAGACUUUGCUCGGGAUCACUGCCAAAUUUUCAUCAGGGCCCUCAUAAUACAACUUUGAUCCAAAUUGAGUUGAAAGGAAGGAGUGAAUUUGGAACAGGUCUUCAACAGGCUCUUCAAGAUAGCAAAGAAAAAGGAAGGAUUCCAUUGCUGGUGCGGAUUCAAGUUCCUGUGAGUGUUGUUGUGGGGGAAAUUUCCUCCAGGCAAUUUCACGUUUUCGUUAAUUGUACUUUGGUGGUGGAUAAUCUAGCUCCGGGCAAGAAAAUUGCGAUCUUAUCAAGCAAAUACAAUUUUGACCUCACAUUAUGAGAUCUAAGUAAAAUGCUUGGUAUCAUAUGGAUGAUCCUAUGUAGUUCUAGAGGUCAAGCACCUUGUUUUCUUGUUUUAGGAAGAGGUUUCAAUUCUAACUGCUCCACCCUUUUCUUGUUUCCUGUAACCCUUACCUUCUUAGAAAUUCAUGAAAACAAAUAUGUAUGUAUACAUCUAUGCUGGGGCAGCUAAUCUUUCUUCUCAAGGAAUGUUGGUGGUUGAUUAAGAGUUAGUGAUUCUUCUCAACAAGAAUGUUGGUGGUUGAUUAAGAGUUAGUGAUUAAGGAUCCUCCAGGGCCACUAUUCUUGAUUUUGUAAAUUAAGUAUUUACACGAGAGAACAAAAACAACUUCUUUGAUUGCUA